AUGGGCAGCGCCGCCGCGCCCACGACCCCUGCGGCGACAGCGAGCCCGGACGAGUUCCAGCGCGCCCAGCUGUCGAAGCACCUGUUGCUCGCCUCUGAAAGCGGCGCUGCCCCGCUCGUCGCGCGGCUGCUGCGGCAGGGCGCAGACGUGAACGCGCGGGACGAGGGCGGCGGCGCGGCGAGUGAGCGCUACUCCGCCGGUUACACCCUGGGCCGGACGCCCCUCAUACGCGCGGCGCAGCAA